UACCAUACAACCAGAAACAGAAGAAGAGAGGACGCACGCUCUGAACAACAGCUGAUUUCAAAACAAAAGAUUUGCAAAGUAUUUGAAAUUUCACGAAUACGUUUUUUUUUUAAACUAUCACUAUUUAUAAGUGAAGAGAUGGAUUCAGACAAGCAAGAAGAACAGAAACCUGUAAAAAUGGAAUCUGUUGAAGAUUACAGUGAGAACAGGAGUGAUCCUGAUGAACCCCUCAGAGUGAAGCUUGAGAACACUGAAGAACAGAUAGACCUGACUGUCGAGAUUAAGAAGAGUGAAGAACUGGAUGAAGCGGAGGAGGAACAUUGUGUCAAAACUGAUGAAAAAUCUUUUGAAAAUUGUUGCUCACAGAAUGGAAGUAAACUUGUGCUGAGAAGAGCCAUCAACAAUUUCACUUGCCCGCAGUGUGGAAAAAGCUUCCUAUACAAACAAAGUCUUAAAGAUCACAUGAAAAUCCACACUGGAGAGAAGCCGCAUGUGAGAGAGUACACAUACGAUCAGUGCUGGAAGAGUUUCAAACACAAAAAUACCCUUAAUGACCACAUGAAAAUCCACACUGGAGAGAAACCACACACAUGUGAUCAGUGCGGGAAGAGUUUUACAUACAAAAGUACCCUUAAUAUACACAUGAAAAUCCACACUGGAGAGAAGCCGUACACAUGUGAUCAGUGCGGGAACCGUUUCACAUACAAAAAUACACUUAAUGACCACAUGAAAAUCCACACUGGAGAGAAACCACACACAUGUGAUCAGUGCGGAAAGAGUUUUACAUACAAAAAUACCCUUAAUAUACACAUGAAAAUCCACACUGGAGAGAAGCCGUACACGUGUGAUCAGUGCGGGAAGAGUUUCGCACUUAAAGGAACCCUUAAUAAACACAUGAAAAUCCACACCGGAGAGAAGCCACACACAUGUGAUCAGUGCGGGAAGAGUUUCACACACAAAAAUACCCUUAAAUGUCACAUGACAAUCCACACUGGAGAGAAGCCGCACACAUGUGAUCAAUGCGGGAAGAGUUUCAGAUUGGCAUGUUCUUUGAGAGUACAUCUGCGAUAUCAUUCUGGAGUAAAAACAUUUAACUGUAAUCAGUGCGUUAAAAAAUUUGCUCGCGCAGAUGUCCUGAAGCAGCACAUGAACGUUCAUUUAGGGCAGAAGCCUCACGUGUGUUCUUUUUGUGGAAAGGGAUUUUCAUGGCUGAAUGGUUUAAGAUCACACCUGAUAAGACACAGUGGUGUGAAGAAUCAUAUGUGCUUGCUUUGUGGAAAAGCCUAUUUUACAGAGGGUGCAAUGAAGCUGCACCAGAAAAGAAGCUGUAAAAAAAAACCUCCUUAAGGAUCACGUGAAAAUCCACACUAGAGAAAAGCCACACACAUGUGAUCAGUGCAGGAAGGGUUUCAGAAUUGUUCGAGCUUUGAAAUUACAAAUUACAAGACCAGUUUUGACGCUGUGAGAAAUAUGGACAAAGCGUCUUUGACGUCACCCAUAGACUUCAUGAAGAACGGUUUUGAGGCCAUUUACGGGGGGGUAUGGGCGGCGCCAUCUUGGUAAUUUUCAAUACAAAUGUUCAGAAAGGAUCAAAGGUGGUAUGAUGUGUU